CACAGUUUCCCAGGGUCUCUGGACUGGACUGUGUCUGAUCGCUACCUCUCUCUCCCCACUGACAAGACCCUAGCCACAUACAUCUCGAUAGACGCUACUGGACAGAAUGUCAGAUGUAAGACCGGAACUCUCUCUUGUCAUCCCUCCUCGGUAUCCGACCUUCCCCAGUGGUCCUUUGAUGGCUCCAGCACUUCCCAGGCCCAAGGUCAUGACAGUGAUGUUCUCCUGAAACCAGUCAACUUCUAUAGAGACCCUUUCUUCCUGGUCUGCAUUAACCUCUAUAACUAGUUUGGUGAUCAAUCUCAGCAUCCUAAUGUAUG